AAGUCAGGUCAGCAGUUCCCUAUUUUAUAAUAUUUUGGCAUGGCAUCAACAGUAGCUAAAGCAGUCGGAGUGAUCAAAGAUGUUUCACCAUUGUAUUAUAGGAUUUUGUCAAAAUUCCCUCAAAACUUCACGUUUUGUUUUGCAUACGGGUCGGCCGUAAAACCUCAAAUUGGCAACCAAAAGAAACACAACAUGAUUGAUUUGAUCUACUGCGUCGAAAACUCUCAUCGAUGGCACGGAGCGAACAUCGAAAUGAACCCGUCUCAUUAUUCUGCUCUUCGGUACCUUGGCAAAGGCUUCAUUGCAAGAUUCCAAGAGAAUUGGGGAGCCAAAGUUUAUUUUAACACUUUAGUUGAAAUGAAAGAAGAAAAUGUCACAAUCAAGUAUGGUGUAGUCUCACAGAAAGAUCUGAUAGCUGAUCUCCUUGAUUGGAAUGAUUUAUAUCUAUCAGGUCGGCUCCAUAAACCAGUAGAGAUCAUCAAACAAACCAACAGCUCUCAGUUGCAGAAUGCCUUGCAAUGCAACCUAAGAUCAGCUGUUCACACUGCACUACUUAUUCUACCCGAAUCAUUUUCUGAAUAUGACUUCUAUUUUGCCAUUUCUAACUUGAGUUACGCUGGGGAUUUUAGAAUGACAUUUGGAGAGAAUAAGAAUAAAGUCAGAAAUAUUGUGCAGCCACAACUAUUGAAUUUUAGGGAAUUGUACAAACCUAUCCUGCAACAGUUUCACACAUAUGUGGAUUUCCCUACUGGAGAUGCACAAUGCCAUCAGGACAUUCAUCCAGAGACCAAAUUACAUCAUUUGAUGCAACUGCCCAUGGUGCCUCAACAGAGGAUAGUGAAAUUCUGGAACCAUGGAGGUCUGCAGCAGGAUAUGGAAGAUGUCCUCCGAGCUGUUGCUUACGACAUUGAUUGUGCUGUAAUUCUGAGACAAAUACUCAAAGACUUGGUAUGGCAAUCCAGUGUGAGGCAAUCUUUGAAAGGAAUAAUGACAGCGGGAGUGAUAAAAUCAAUCCGUUACAGUGCUAAGAAAAUAGCAAAAAUGUUUUAAUUCUAUUAUUGUAUAUAAAUAAACCUAUCCCUAAGUCACUUGUACAAAAUAAAGUUAGUAUUUAAAGAAAAAA